AUGGCGGAUUCAAGCUUUUCUCUUCCUCCUCUUUGCGAAAGGAUAUCAUACAAAAGCUAUUAUCUAAGAGCUGUGUAUCUCACGAUUCUCGGGCUUUUCUUUACUCUUCUCUUGCACCGAUUCCAAAAUGUGAGAGAAAACGACAACGUUUGGCUCGUGGCUUCCCUUUGUGAAUCUUGUUUCUCACUUGUAUGUCUGCUUCUUACCUGCCUAAAAUGGACUCCCGCUGAAACUAAACCUUAUCCUGAUAGACUUGAUGCAAGGGUUCAUGACCUUCCUUCGGUAGAUAUCUUUGUGCCCACGGAAGAUCAUGAGCGGGAGCCGCCAAUUAUGGUUAUCAACACGGUGCUUUCACUAUUAGCUGUAAAUUACCCGGCGAAUAAACUAGCUUGCUAUGUUUCGGACGAUGGAUGUUCACCUCUCACUUACUUCUCUCUCAAGGAAGCUUCCAAGUUCGCCAAGAUUUGGGUACCUUUCUGCAAGAAAUACAGCGUUAGAGUUAGAGCUCCUUUUAGAUACUUCUUGAACCGUCCGGCCGCAACAGAAAGCUUCAAAUUCAGUAAAGAUUGGGAAAUUAUGAAGAGGGAGUACGAGAAGUUAUGCCGGAUAGUGGAAGAUGCCACCGGUGAUUCCCGGUUGUAUGCAGAAGAUGACUUUGAAGCUUUCUCAAACACAGAACCAAAUGAUCAUUCAACUAUAGUUAAGGUGGUGUGGGAGAACGAGGGAGGUGGAGGAGACGAGAAAGAGGUCCCUCAUUUUGUAUACAUUUCAAGAGAAAAAAGACCAAAUAAUGUUCAUCACCACAAAUGUGGAGCCAUGAACUUUCUGGCAAGGGUGUCAGGGUUGAUGACAAACGCACCAUACAUAUUGAACGUAGACUGUGACAUGUAUGCUAAUGAAGCAGAUGUAGUGCGACUUGCAAUGUGUGUAUUUCUGGAAAAAUCACUGAAUCCAAACCAUUGUGCUUUCGUUCAAUUUCCUCAACAUUUCUAUGACUCUAAUACCGACCAACUCACCGUCUUACAAUCUUAUCUGGUACGAGGAAUUGCGGGAAUCCAAGGACCCAUGUACGUGGGCACAGGAUGCUUCCACACUAGAAGAGCUAUGUACAAUUUAUCUCCGGACGAUUUAGAAGACGAUGGAAGUCUUUCUUCAGUUGCUACAAGGGAGCUUUUGUGUGAGGAUAAAUUAGCAAGAGGGUUUGGGAACUCGAAAGAAAUGAUGAAAUCGGUGGCCGAUGCCUUACAAAGAAAACCAAAUCCCCAAAAUAACCUUACAAACUCCAUAGAAGCGGCUCAAGAAGUUGGGCAUUGUCACUACGAGCACCAAACCAGCUGGGGCAAAACCAUCGGUUGGUUAUAUGAUUCAGUGGCAGAAGAUCUGAACACGAGUAUUGGAAUCCAUUCGAGAGGGUGGACUAGCUCAUACAUUUCUCCGGAUACACCUGCGUUUCUUGGUUCUACGCCGCCGGGAGGCCCCGAGGCGAUGCUCCAGCAGCGCCGGUGGGCAACAGGAUGGAUCGAAGUCCUUUUCAACAAACAAAGUCCGUUGCUAGGAAUGUUUCGUCGUAAAUUAAGAUUCCGACAACGAUUAGCUUAUCUUUGCGUUAGUGUUUGUCUAAGGUCAAUCCCUGAGCUCUUAUAUUGUCUCUUGCCUUCUUAUUGCCUACUCCACAACUCUACUUUAUUCCCCAAGGGACUUUAUCUAGGCAUAACAAUCACACUUGUUGGGAUGCACUGUAUCUACACUCUAUGGGAAUUUAUGAGCCUUGGUUAUUCCGUACGAUCGUGGUAUGUCUCGCAGUCACUUUGGAGAAUAAUAGCCACUAGUAGUUGGUUGUUUAGCAUCGUUGAUAUCAUACUCAAGCUUCUUGGAAUAUCGAAAACGGUGUUUUUUACCACUAAAAAGACUUUGCCCGAGACUAAGUGCGGACCAUCUAUAAGAAAAGAUGAUGGUUCAAACUCCGGUAAAUUUGAAUUUGAUGGCUCACUUUAUUUCUUGCCUGGCACAUUUAUUGUCUUGGUGAAUCUAGCCGCUUUAGCCGUCUUUUCGAUGCGGCUACAACAGUCGGGUUGUAGUCACGGAAGAGGUGGUUCGGGUUUGGCAGAGGCUUGUGGAUGUAUCUUGGUGGUUACGUUGUUCCUUCCGUUUCUAAAAGGUUUGUUUACGAAGGGAAAAUAUGGUAUCCCAUUGUCCACUCUUUGUAAAGCUGCUUUUUUAGCAGUUUUAUUUGUUGUUUUCUCUUUCGGAAAUUAG